ACCUGCAGCAAGGGUGUAAAAAUGGACAAAUGAGGAGUGGAGGGGCUACUGCCCCCAGAAACAUUCCCUGUCUUGUCUUCAUCCCCAGAUUUAGCUGCCUUUUUCACCUCCCACGUCUUCCUGCUGCUGCUGUCUGGAAUGCUGGGAGGUUGGAAGAAGUAGGGAGACUGCAAGAAAAAAUGGAAGGGAGGAAGACCAGAGCUCACAGGGAGUGAGAAGAAAUGCCACCCCCCAGUACUGUCUCAGAGUCUGUUCUCUCUGAGACUGCACUGUCCAAAACCACGUGUGGCUACUGAGAUAUCAGGUUUCCUCCAGCAUCAACAACCUGCCAGUCUGAGAAACUUCCUACCGCAAGCCUGUUACUGAGGGGCCCUUGGGCCUCAGCUGCCAAAUUCUCAACAUGCAGGAGACACUAACAACACCGCCGUCACUGUCAGCCCCCAGCCAGUCCUCAGUCUCCACCCAGGGCCGGCCCUCCAUUCUAAGCCCACCUUCUGCCACGGGCCCACAUCACUCCAAGACCUUGGUGGUACAGUCCCCCAUGAAGCCCAAGUCUGGGAGUACUGGAGUCUCUAGCCGCCGGAUGCGCAGGAUCAUCGCCGAGGAUGCCGAGUGGUCCCUGGCAAUUGUGCCUCUCCUCAGUGAGCUCUGCAUCCAGCAUAUCGUCAAGAACUUCCAGAACAACCCUAUCCUGAAGCAGCUGCUCCCAGAGGACCAGCAGAAGGUCCUGAACCACCUGCCUACUGACCUGCCGCUGGUGGUGACAGCUACCAUGAUUGAGGAUGAGAGCUACUGGCACCGCUGCUGCCUGCAGCGCUGGCCGGUGUGUCACGUGAGCAAGCACGGCGGCAGCUGGAAGCGCAUGUUCUUCGAGCGGCACCUGCAGAACCUGAUCAAGCACUUCAUCCCCAACACCACCGACCCUGGAGUGAUCCUGGACCUGCUGCCGCUCUGCAAGAACUAUGUGCGCAGGCUCUGCGUGGACCAGUUCCUGCCACCCGUGCAGCUGCCAGCCGCACCCCACAGUGGGGACCAGUCUGACUCUGGCAGCGAGGGGGAGCUCGAGCAGCCCCCUAUGGACCACUACCAGCUAGAUGACCUGGUGGCCGGCCUGAGCCAUUUGGAGGAGCUGGACCUGGUGUAUGGUGUCAAGGACUGUGGCAUGAACUUCGAGUGGAACCUCUUUCUCUUCACCUUCCGUGAUUGCCACUCUCUGGCCGCAACCAUCAAGGCAUGCCACACCCUCAAGGUCUUCAGGCUGACCCGCAGCAAGGUGGAUGACGACAAGUCUCGCAUCCUGAUCCGCGGCCUCCUGGACCACCCGGCCCUGGAGGAGCUGGACCUGUCGCACAACCUCAUUGGGGACCGUGGGGCGCGUGCCGCCGCCAAGCUGCUGAGCCACAGCCGCCUGCGUGUCCUCAACCUGGCCAACAACCAGGUGCGCGCCCCCGGCGCCCAGUCGCUGGCUCACACCCUGGCACACAACACCAACCUCAUCUCCCUCAACCUGCGCCUCAACUGCAUCGAGGACGAAGGUGGUCAGGCGCUGGCCCACGCCCUGCAGACCAACAGGUGCCUCACCACGCUGCACCUAGGUGGCAACGAGCUGUCCGAGCCCACGGCCACGCUCCUCUCCCAGGUGCUCACUGUCAACACCACCCUCACCAGCAUCAACCUCUCCUGCAACCACAUCGGGACGGAUGGUGGGAAGCAGCUCCUUGAAGGCAUAUCAGACAACAGGACGCUCCUGGAGUUUGAUUUGCGUCUGUCUGAGGUAGCCCAGGAGAGCGAGUACCUCAUUGGCCAGGCUCUCAGUGCCAACCGUGAAGCAGCCCGUCAGAGGGCCCUGAAUCCUGGAUACUUCAUGUCGUCAAUCUGUCCCAAGGAUCCUGAGAACCCUUAAGUAUAAGACAGUGACCUGGUGGAGCAGCAACAAGAUCUGCAUCAUGUCCCAUCCCCAUUUCACGCCCCUGCCCGGCCUGCUACCGUGUCACAUUGGGACUUGGGGGUGGGGUGGGGGAACUGCAGAGAGGAAAACAGCCACAGAUAAAUCUUCAGAUGAGUGAUUGCGGGUUAUAUGGACAAAGAUGUGAGGAAGAGGAAGUGCCCAGGAUAUAGGGAGAAGUGGUGGGGACCAGGACCCAGCCCCUGCACAAAGGUGGAGGCAUCACAGAACCCCCAGAAAUGACCCACUUCUAGGAAUAAGGCAGGCAGUGAUGUGUGCGCUCAUGACCCACCCUCCCCUUUCCUUUCCCCUCCCACAGCAGAGCUUUGCUGACUCUCCCACCUUCACCCCUGCCUUUUACCUCUGGGUUCAAGUGGCCACGCAGUCCCUUAGUCAUCCAGCCUGGGAAAGGAAAAUCAGGGGUAACUACGGGAUGGACUCAAACCCAGAAAGUUUUUCAUGGAAGGGAAAGCUGGGGAUGGGGCAGAGUGCCACACAGAGAAGGGCAUUCAGUGAGUCAACCGCAACUUUAUUAUCCACCAGUUUGAUUUGUACAAUCUUUGCGCUUGGAAAUCCAUGACAGAAAGGCCACAGUGUGAUGCACCCAGUUAACAGAGACCUGUCUUCUCCCCAGUCAGGCCCAGCCCACCCCACAAGCCCUUGUCCCCAGAACACAUCCCCGUCCUUCCAUAGCUGCCCACUCCAGGCCACACUCACAGGAGUCACAUCAGUCUCUAGGGCCAUGAAAGGUCCUGUCAGAUGGGCUUCAGGCUGAGUCCCAAAACUCCCACCCAGCUAAGGGCUGAGUUGCCCAGACCUCCAGCUCAGUGUUUCCAGGAAGAGUCAUAGGCUGCAGCCAGCCUCAGGGUACCUGCUCUCCGGGGACUCCUAGCAACCGGCUGGUGCAGAGCAGAGCACCAGAGGGGGGCUUGGGAGUGACUGCAGAGCCUCUCUGGACCUCCGGAGUCUGCCCAUUCUUGACACCUCUGACAGUUCUGGAGUGCAAAUGUGUAAGUGUAAGUGUGUAUGUGUGUGUGUGUACAUAGCUACAGAUGCUAGCAGAGGUUCUAAUUAGAGAAACGAGAACAUUCGGUGUAAAGUUUAAUUUUAGAGAUUAAUUUUCUGUUUUUUCCCUGACAAUAAAGCUACCAAGAAAAUAGACCAAAAA